AUGAUGGGAGGUCAAAUGGGCCCAGGAAUGAUGGGCGGAAACAUGAUGGGAGGUCAAAUGAUGGGUGGUCAAAUGGGCCCUGGAAUGAUGGGAGGCCAAAUGGGCCCCGGUAUGAUGGGCGGCAACAUGCCCUCCCAAAUGGGCAACCUCCAACGUCUGCGGCAAAUGCAACAGAUGGAAUUGUUUGGCAGGCAAAUGAACCCCGUCCCAGUUGGCGGAGCCGGUGAAGAACCCUUUGGCCGCAUGGGAUCCUUCCGCCCGCAUUGUUAAGCUACACAGAGCUUGCUAUACUGGGGGAAAGGGUCUCACUGCACAAACUACUAUCAUAAUUCACAAUACAACACGAAAAGAGUAGUAUCCAUACUACGACCUACGACGGAGUAAUCAUUAAUAACAUUGUUCAUUUAUAAUUUC